CUUAUAAGUGCUUAAGAGUUAAGUAAUCAUUUGAAAGCAAAAGUUUUCUCAAACAGUCGCUUAUAAUCAAACAAAAUGUCAAAACUAAUUGUGUUGGCACUGGUAGUGGUCAGUUGCGGUGUGGCCUACUCGCAGUUUGAUUUACACGGCUAUCCCCAGAUGGAAAGGGUUGUCAAAACCAUUUGCGCACCGGGAGGACUCACCCCUAAACGCAAGAAAAUUGUGGACGACUGCAAUAAAUUGAUCCCAUCUUUUGCGAGAUCUGGAUUCAGUGGUUGUGUCCGCGAAGUCUUGAGAAUCAGUAAAUUGACAAAACCGGCCGUUUGUUACCGGGCAGGACCUGGUGGUGAAAAACUAACCCCAUGCUUACAACGUAAAGCCAAACAGGGGGCUAAGAGAUUGCCUCCUGGUAUUGACAUUAAAGCCAUGAGAGAACAAGUGAUCCAACAGUACCAGUCCUGUAUGGUCAAGGUGCUCUAAGUAUAUAACUCAUUCCGCACAUUAUUGGUACCCCAGACACACCGCAUUAUUAUGGACAUACAGUUUAUGAACAAACACUUUAUAUAACUGACAACUUUGUUU